CUCCCGCCGCAGCCGUCCACGAUGUAUUGUCCGGCGCCUUCGGUGGCGGCCCCGCCCAAGCCCCCGCGUCCCGGCCCGGCCCGCGACGAGCAGGAGAACCAGGAGAACCUCAACCCGGCCAAGGCGCUGCCCGCGGGGCCCCGGCCCGGACUGGGCCUCCUCAGGGCCACUCAGCGCGGCCCGGCGCAGGCCGGCCACAGGCCCCGGGCCCAGCACCAAAGGGUUGCACCUCUUCAAGAACUCUCCGUGAACAAUGAAAAUCAUGGCCCCAUUCCGCCGUGGAAAGACAGCAGUAAACAGCCGGCCUUCACGAUUCAUGUGGAUGAGCCCGAUGGGGAGAAUCUUAAGAAACCAGCCGCCUUGGAAAAGAUCAGGUCUGAAGACCACAUCCUGGCCUUGACCUCUGCUAUCUCUCUGCCAGGAGCAAGAAAACCCUUGGAACCUGUUGAUUUUUCAAUGGAGGGUAGUUCUGACUCCCCACUUACUAUGGACAUGUCAGUGGUACAGGAAACUGAAGAAAAACAAACAAGUGUUAACGAAGUUCCAGACUACCAUGAGGACAUCCACACUUACCUUAGGGAAAUGGAGGUGAAAUGUAAACCUAAAAUGGGCUACAUGAAGAAACAACCCGAUAUAACAAACAGCAUGAGGGCUAUCCUUGUGGACUGGCUAGUUGAAGUGGGGGAAGAAUAUAAGCUUCAGAAUGAGACCUUGCACUUGGCUGUGAACUACAUCGACCGAUUCCUUUCUUCAAUGUCUGUGUUGCGAGGCAAGCUUCAGCUUGUGGGAACUGCUGCUAUGCUGUUGGCCUCAAAGUUUGAAGAAAUCUACCCGCCUGAAGUAGCAGAAUUUGUAUAUAUCACAGAUGAUACCUACACUAAGAAGCAAGUCUUACGAAUGGAGCAUCUAGUUUUGAAAGUUCUUGCUUUUGACUUAGCGGCACCAACGAUAAAUCAAUUUCUCACUCAAUACUUUCUGCACCAGCAACAGACUAACUCUAAGGUGGAAAGUUUAGCCAUGUUUUUAGGAGAGCUGAGUCUAAUUGAUGCUGACCCAUAUCUAAAAUAUCUACCAUCGGUUACUGCUGGAGCCGCCUUUCAUUUAGCACUCUACACAGUCACUGGACAAAGUUGGCCUGAAUCUCUUGUUCAAAAGACGGGAUACACCUUGGAAAAUCUUAAGCCUUGUCUCCUAGACCUCCAUAAGACCUACCUCAAAGCAUCCCAGCACGCACAACAAUCCAUACGAGAAAAAUACAAGACUGCAAAGUAUCAUGGCGUAUCUCUCAUCGACCCACCAGAGACACUAAAUUUAUUACAAUAAUCAAGAGACUUAUCUUUUUUAAAAAGAUGUAUAUUAUCCAAGCACACUGUACAGUUUUUAUUUGGGGUUUGACUUUCUCAAUCAUUGGAGUGACAUAAGCAAUCAGGUAACGAAUUGAGGUAGCUUGUACUUUUUU